GCCGCCUUGCGCCGGCGCAGCCGCCCUAGGGUGUCCUCUGCUGCGGGCGAACUAGGCCGUGGUAACCGGUCAGAGGGCAGGCUCGCUCGUCCGAGAGAAGAGCCCCACCGCACGCCGCCGCGAUGCCGGAUAGCUGGGAUAAGGACGUGUACCCCGAACCCCCGCGCCGCACACCGGCGCCCUCGCCGCAGACCUCGCUGCCCAACCCCAUAACCUAUGUGACGAAGGCCUUCGAUCUCCUCGUGGACCGACCUGUGACCCUAGUGAGAGAGUUUAUAGAGCGGCAGCAUGCGAAGAACAGGCAUUACUACUACCAUCGGGAGUUCCGUCGUGUGCCAGAUAUCACCGAGUGCCGGGAAAAGGAUGUCUUGUGCAUGUUCGAAGCAGAAAUGCAAUGGAGGAGAGACUAUAAAGUUGAUCAAGAAAUCGUCAGUAUUAUCCAGGAAAGGCUGAAGGCGUGUCAGCAGAGGGAAGGCGAGAGCUACAGGGAAAACUGUGCCAAGGAGCUCGAGCAGUUUGCCCAGGUGGCCAAGGCCUACCAGGACCGCUAUCAUGACCUGGGUGCCCAUUAUUCAGCCAGAAAGUGCCUGGCGAAGCAGAAGCAGCGGAUGCUGGCAGAGAGAAAAGCUGCUAAAGAGGCCGCCGCCGCGUGAGGCAGCUCUUUCAGCCCCCAUACGGAGCUAUUGCUAAGAUAAAGAGUAAUAUCAAAUUGGCUUUUGGUCUUUUUCAAUCCUUAUUUGACCUAUUGGUGAAUCUUAAUUCAUUUCGUUGGCUUCACCGCCCUUCAAAUCUACCUGCUACUAAACUUGAAAUAAAAAACACUAUUAACAAGCUUCAAUUCACUUUAUUUUUCUCCUACAAAACUAUGUGGUGGCCACAGCUGGAGCCUGGGUCCUCUGCACAGAGACUCUGGUGUGGGUCUUUACAAGAUGGUCAGUGAAUUCCUGGGAAAAACAGAGACUUAAGUUAUACAGAUGCCGCCCCAUCGUCCACACUUGUCCAGGCUCACGAGGGGGGGUAGGCAGGCAGUACCUGAUAGGGAGACUUGGUGAACACAGUCUCCUUCCAAAGAUCAGGGGUGAGAUAGCUGUAGGUCUUGGAAAUGGCAUCAAAAGUGGCCUUGGCUGCAAAGGGGAAAACAGGAGUGAGCUGGUGGAUUCUUGUGACAAACACCACAGGUACAGACAGACACUGUUGCACUCCUAGGAACAGAGAGGCCACUUGGGGCCAGUCUGCCGUGCAUUAGGAGAGCCUUCCUCUCUCUCUCUCUAAAAAUACGCCAACCACACACCGAGUAUGAUUAAGCGGAGCUGAGAGAAGCCACAGCCCCCCUUGGGACCACCUACCGAAGUUGCCCAGGGUGGCAGUGCAGCCCCUAGCUGAGGUGUAGCAGUCAUCGAUACCAGCCAUCAUCAGUAGCUUCUUAGGUACAGGGGCUGAGACAAUGCCAGUGCCUCUGGGGGCAGGAAUGAGGCGCACCAGCACAGAACCACAGCGGCCUGUCACCUGUGAAGGUGGGAGGAGUCAGCAGAUGGGUGAUCAGGAGUCUGCACCCCUGCAAGCCCCGUGGUUGGCUACCCCCGGCCUACCUUGCAUGGUACAGUGUGGGGCUUCCCAAUCUUGUUCCCCCAGUAGCCUCGCCGCACGGGGACGAUGGAAAGCUUGGCCAGGAUGAUGGCCCCACGGAUGGCGGUGGCUACCUCCUUAGAACACUUAACACCCAGACCAACGUGUCCGUUGUAGUCUCCGAUGGCAACAAAUGCCUAUAAAAAACCUGAUGUGACCCGUGGUCCAUUGCCUGCACAGGCUCGCACAACACCAGCAACUCCCACCAGAACACCCACCAGGACCUGUUGCCCUCCUCAAGGAAAGAGUGGCCACCGCCAGGCCGCUCUGAGGUCCAGAGGAGAUCUUUCCUCUCUCUCUCCAUUACGAAAGCCACACGUGAGGCAGCAAGCGUGGCUGUGCAGAGCCGAGAGAGCCUCACAAAGCGCCUCGGCAGAAACGGCUCGGCUACCUUGAACCUGGUCCGCUGGCCAGCGCGGGUCUGCUUCUGCACAGGCAUAAUCUUCAAGACCUCGUCCUUGAGUGACGCCCCCAAGAAAAAGUCAAUGAUCUCGGACUCCUGAAAAAACGUGACGUGGGCACAAAAGCGGUUAUCACGACACAGAAGCCACCUUUGAGAACCGUCACCCGGACCCCUAGAACCGGUCCCCAAGUUGUCCCGCCACGGACAGAGGUCAUCCCCGGAGCCCACAUUAAACGAGAAGCCCAGAGGCCGCACCCGCCCACCGGCCCGUCCGCGGGAGGGCGCACGCGCUACCUUGAUGGGCAGAGAGAAGAGAUAGAUCUCCUCCAGGGACUUGAUCUUCAUAUCCUUGACCAGGCGGCCCAGCUUGGUGACGGGCAUCCACUAGAAAGAAAAAGCUCAGGUCACUAGGACCGUGCGUCCGGCGCCGCCGCCCUUGGGCCCGUCUCACGCGCGCGGCCCGAACCUACCUCCUUGUCCUCGGCCUUGCCUCCGCGAGCUCCGCGGCCGCGGCCCCGGCCUCGACCCCGGCCGCGGCCCCGACCCCGGAUGCCGCUGCCGAAGCCUCCGCGGAAGCCGCCGCGGCCUCCCAUUCCAGGGCCCCCGGGCCCUCCGGGCCCUCCCGCAGCACCGGCGUCAUCCGCCAUUUGCUGAAAAGAAUGACGAGUAGAAGACAGUCAGCGAAGCCCUGGCAUUCGCGGUCGCACGAGGCGCCCAGAGCACGACUCCCUCCCGGGAGCGCCAACGCGCCAACAACCCAGGGCCCCGCCGGCCGUCCGCGCACUCCCACCACCCCGGCCCGGGUACGGACACCCGCAACAGGAAGACUCACGUGUAUUCCCGGAGAAAAAGAACUAGGCCGCGCGGGAGGGAGCAUUUAUAGCAAGCCAAGUGCCGCGAGAUCGUGGCCGCCCUAGGCGCGACUUUGCCACGGACCAAUCAGACAGGUGGUGACGCGCUCCCAGUGUUCCCCCGCCCGCUUUGUGUGCGCUUGCGCGCCUGCGGCUCAGCGGCGCGAACUCUCUGAGUUGCAGUGGUCUUGCUCCUCCUGUUCGCUGCAGGUCGCCGGCGCCCCGACCCCGAGGCCCAGGACGCCAGGACGGCAGGGAGGCAAGCUCUGCUCUCAGCGCUCAACGAAGCUGGUGGUCUGAGUCGACCGCGUGUGACUGCCCUUGGCCCCCCCAGCCAUCAGCCUGGGAGGUGCAUCUCUGGGACGCAGGGAGCAAGGUGUUUGUGGAGGGAUGAGACUCUGGGGUACCUCCUCUUCGCGACCAGUCCAACUCUGUGUUGGAUGGCGUAGACGGGUACACCGUGGCUCUCGGAGGUUGGCAGGUGACUCGUUAGUCAUUCUGUAAGUGGCAGAACUACAUUGGAGACCCAGGUGUGCUCCUCCACACCCCAUACCUUGUCCAGGAGCAGAUAAAGUAUUUUCGAGCUUGGUGGUGAGUUGGGCUGGGCCAGCAAACCACCAGAAAGUGAGAAUACAGAGAAACAAGGCUAAAAUAUGGGGGGGGGGGGGGGGGGUGAGGAAGGGGGAGCCCUACUGCUUAAUAUCAAUUACAGACCCUAUCAGGGAAAGCUGCGUGGAUCACUCCUGCGACUCAGCCAGUGAGAAACCGCCAUCAUCCUGAACUCUUGCUUUUGUCCGGUGGACGUUGGUUCAAAAAAAAUCUCUCCCAGUUUUUUUUUCCACAAAAUAAAGAUUCCCUUUGUUUGUUGGC